CUGUCUGUCUGCUUGAGACGCCGCCACGAUGAGCGCUCAGUCUUAUUAUGAACUUUACCGGGGGAGCAGCCUCGGCCUCUCCCUAACCGAUACCCUCGACGACCUGAUCAACGAAGGCCGCAUCGAACCCCAGCUCGCCAUGAAGAUCCUGUCCACGUUUGAUAGGAUUGUUACGGAGGUACUGGCGGAUAAGGUGCGCGCAAGGUUGAACUUUAAGGGCCACCUCGAUACCUACCGCUUCUGCGACGAAGUGUGGACCUUCCUCAUCAAGGAUGUUACCUUCAAGCUCGAUAAUCAGACUCCUGUGACGGCGGAUAAGGUCAAGAUUGUGAGCUGUAAUAGUAAGAGGCCUGGGGAGGUUUAGUUUCUUUUUCUGCUUUUCUUCUGGUCUUUUUUUGCGUCCGAUCACUGGAUAAAUCACAGUGUUUUUUCAUCGUCUUUGGGAUCAGGGCGUUUUCGGAUGUUAUUAUUCUAUGGACAGACAGGGUUGUUCACGGCGUCUUCAUAGCUAGCUCGUUUUUGAGAUAUUAGUCCCGCUAGGGUACUUAGAUUGAAGCAGAUACCCAGAUCAAUACUAUUUUAUCAGCA